UAGGCACACUUCUGUGAGGAACGUAUAGAGCAGCACUCAGUAGCAGACAGGAGAGGAGCUUCAGCUCAGCUGCAAGAUGGGCAAGCAGAAGAUUUUCUUGGACAAGUUGUCCCAGUCGUUGCAGAUUCGCAACCUGCUGGUGCGGCAAGGACUUGCUGAGUGCUUGGGCACCCUCAUCCUGGUGAUGUUUGGCUGUGGUUCAGUGGCCCAGUUCACGCUCAGCGGUGGAACUCACGGCAUCUUCCUCGCUGUGAACUUAGCGUUCGGCUUUGCGGCCACCCUCGGAAUCCUCGUGUGCGGCCAGGUCUCAGGCGGUCAUCUAAACCCAGCGGUUACCUUUGCUCUCUGCCUCCUGGGAAGGGAAAAAUGGAGGAAAUUCCCAGUGUACUUCCUCUUCCAGACACUUGGUGCCUUUUUGGGUGCUGGGGUCAUCUUUGGCUUGUACUUCGAUGCUCUGCAGAGAAAAGUAGCAGAAACACCGAAUAAUGAAUUACCAAUUGGGAUCUUUGCUACCUACCCUGGCGAACACCUGAGUACUGUCAAUGGAUUUUUUGACCAGCUGAUUGGAACAGCUGCCCUGAUCGUUUGUAUCCUGGCCAUCGUGGACCCAUUCAACAACCCAAUCCCACAAGGACUUGAGGCGUUUACCGUGGGAUUCACUGUUCUUGUCAUUGGUUUAUCCAUGGGCUUCAACUCUGGCUACGCUGUCAACCCAGCCAGGGACCUGGGACCUCGGCUCUUCACUUCCAUCGCAGGCUGGGGCUCCAGAGUCUUCACUAAUGGCAAUUACUGGUUCCUGGUGCCCAUCUUUGCCCCAUUCCUGGGGACCAUUGUUGGGGUGAUCGUGUACCAGCUGAUGGUGGGCUGGCAUGUGGAGGGUGAGGUACGAGACAAAAAGAGGGCAACAGAGGACAAUGUCAAACUGAAUGACAUGAAUGAAGCGUAACCUCCCUAACCUACACUCAUCAAACCACGGUGCAAUUCUACCACUACUUUACUCAUGAUUCAGUAAGUUCUAAUUAAUGAGACAGGCCUUAUAUAUACAGUAUGACCGUCUCGUAAGACAAGAGUUGUCCAGUCUUGUUGGCAAAGGGCUAACGGAGUUGACUGUUUUGAUUCCCACACAUGAUCAAGCAUUAACCAACUGAAUAAUCAACCACUAGAAGUGAGGGAAGCAAACCUACCACAGUGAGCAUUUUCAGUUAAGACUGGACACCCCUGUCACGAGUUCAAAACUGACUUCAAAUGCAGCUUCAUGGAUCAGGUACAAAAUAACAAAACAAAGUAACAAAACAAAAUAAUGAAGCACGAAGCUGCAGCUCUUCAAAUUGGUUACAUUUCAUGGCGGUGCCGUCACGUACGUCACGGCAACUUGAACCUCAUUUACACCUGAACACUUCAUGCAUGUCGAGUAUCAGGAUUGGUCUUUUUUUAGAUAUGUGAAUCUCAAAGAACAAGCCAUAUGUGCAAAAUGUACAAGUUUAAAAUCACCCAAGAUACAUUUAAAGCUGCAGUAUUUAAGAUUUUUUCUUUCUAGUUGAAAGUGGUAAUUACUGUGGGGAUGAGAAAAAAUAAUCUAAUAAAUGGCAUCAGCAUGCUUUUGCAACCAUCCCUGCAAAGCCGAAUAUAUUCAAUCUAAAAACAGAGUGGUUCAGUAGGUCUUAGGAGAUUCUUAGGAGUUUUUCUGACCACACUACGCUAUGUCUUUCUAAUAAUUUAAUUUUGCUGGUUACCUAAGCAACCACAGGGACGCUUAUGGUGCUGAUUCAAAAGCUACUGCAAACAUGGAAGUAUUCGAGAUAUCAAAAUGACAAACAUAGUUAUCAUCUGGAUAUUGUUCAACAAGAUUUGAAAGAAUAUUGCACCACAAUGCAUGCUUUAAAAGUACUUUUCUGUGUGCUGGGGGCAAUUACACAUUCUCAUCGAAAACUUAUAUACUGUUGCUUUUAAUUUAGAUACAAAUCUGAUCACUCAAACCACUUUAGGGGGUGGUCUGAGACGAAAUGGACAACCUAAACUUUUCCCUGUAAAACUAAAACUCCUCUCAAUACAACUGAAACACAAUGAGCAGAUUUGCUAAAUUCGGUCUGAUUAACAAGAGACACAUUUUACUAACCUACCAAGUGUAAAUAAAUAAUCUACUCAGGAUACAAUGCAGAUACUAGUUCCAUGAAGUGACCAGGUGUAAACGCGGUCUUGUCUGAUUGGUUGGUUUGUUUGUUUGUUUGUUUGUGUAAACAUCAUUUUCAAUAUGCAUCUUCAAGAUUAGAAAAAAAAAAAACCCACACAAAACCAUCUUUCUUCAUCAUCACGAAUUAUAUUAAUUCUGGUAAAGAAAUAAAUAAUUGGAACAGAAAGUCAAAUUACAGCUUAUGGUGAAUACUGAAUUGUGUAUUUACAGGAUCAUGUAUUUUGUAUUUUUUUUUUUAUCUUUUUGUACUUUGUAAACAUUCUGAAAUUGCUUUUGUACUUAUGCUUACAGCUGGUAAACCACAUGUACACAUAUAGUCUAUAUGAUUGCUAUAAUUUCACUGUUGUAAGUAUUGUUUUUAUAUACAUAUAUAUAUAUAUAUAUAUAUAUAUAUAUAUAUAUAUAUAUAUAUAUAUAUAUAUAUAUAAAUAUUAUAGCGUAUACUUAGAUGUGUAGACAAGUAUAGGCAGUCAUCAUUAGCUAGUCCAUUCUGGGUAACACAAUGUCUUGAUAGUGAUGAUUAAUGCUAAUAUCUAAUAUCUAAUGUGAAUGCUAGCGAUCACAUUUGUUGGCAUGCAGAAGGGAUGGAAGGGAUGGAACUAUAAGCUCUCUCUCUCUGGUUGUUAAACCUCAGAAUUAUAGAUUUUGUAAAUAGCGUUUUUGCUUUCUUUAUCAAAUGUGAGCUAAUUUAGCUUGGACACUAUCUGCAGUUCUGGGGAGGGCCGUACAUUUUGGAGCACUUGUUUGCUUUCUCAACAUUUAUCUUCCUUUUACUUUUUUGUAUUGUUUUUGUGUUUGUUUUUGAAUCAUGUUUUGUAUCAUUAUUUGAAAAUUGUGAGUGGAAUUUGUGUAAAAACAAAAAACAUCUCUUAUAAGUAAGUCAUAUAUUUGUCAUUAUAUUUCAUUUUUCAGAUGUUUUUCUUGCUCUAAGUGAUUUUAGCUUGUGCAGUAAUCAAUUGACAUUGUUUAACUUGCUAUCAUUAUUAUAUUAAGAAUUGACAAAUAAUCCAAUUUCAGUUGUUGCAGCUAAGGCCACGAUUCUUAACAAUAAACAAGCAUUUAUGUUUGCAUGGCCUAUUUCACUAAACUGUCUUUUACAUUUCUAGCUUUCUACAUGUUUAAAACUUAUAACCCAUAUACAGAUUGUUUAAAUGAUGAAUACCAAAGAUUAUAGCUUUUGAGUUUCUCCAGUUUCUGCAUUCGUUGUUUUUUUAUGCUAUUUUGAUCAUGUUUAAAAUAAAAGCAGUAAAAAGUA